GAGAAAUUCCUGCUACUUCCGCGUCGCCGCUGUGUUCAGUUUUGAUUGGUAGAGUUCAUUGAGCCGCCUAGAUAGCAAUGGAAAAUACAAAGACUCUUAUAUAGUGAUCCCACCUUAUGACGCUCGUAUAUUCUUGUAUAUUUAGGGACGUCCCUGGUGAUUUAGACACGAAGACGCAAAGGAGAAAGUACGCUAGCUUUUUAGCUAGCCACUUUGGGGUCUGUCAAUUGCUGCAGGCUAACUUAUGGAAACAUGGAUUUCCUCUGUGAAAUAGUUCAAGCCUUGGUGGCAUUGGCAGCUCUAAGUGUUAUUGUGGUGCUCAUAAUAGCACACGUCACCGCCGAGAUGGUGACGCUCACCCGCCACGAGAAGGAGAAAUACUUCCUCACCGUGACCGGCGAGAAGGAGCUCUUCCCCAGCCUGCACGAUGCCUCUUCCAGGGAGCUCUCGGUGGUGAUCCCGGCCUACAACGAGGAACUCCGAAUGCCAGUGAUGUUGGAUGAAGCUACCGAGUACUUGGAGAACAGACAGAAGCAGCAGCCCUCUUUUACCUAUGAGGUCAUCGUGGUCGACGACGGCAGCAAAGACAAAACGACUGAGGUUGCGUUGCGGUACAGUAGGAAGUACGGUGCUGAUAAAGUUCGGGUGCUGACACUGGUGAAUAACCGGGGGAAAGGAGGAGCGGUGCGGAUGGGAGCUCUGAGCUCCAGAGGGAAACUCAUUCUGAUGGCCGAUGCUGACGGAGCCACGAAGUUUGCUGACAUUGAGAAAGUGGAGGCUGGACUUAACGCCCUCAACCCUAAACCGGAGAACAUGGCAAUUUCUUGUGGUUCCAGAGCUCACCUGGAGCAAGACUCCGUUGCCCAGCGGUCUAUGUUUCGUACAUUCCUCAUGUAUGGCUUUCACUUCCUGGUGUGGUUCUUUUGCGUGAGAGGGAUCAAGGACACGCAGUGCGGAUUCAAGCUUUUCACGCGCGAGGCCGCCCUCAAGACCUUCUCUUCCCUCCAUGUAGAGCGAUGGGCUUUUGAUGUGGAGCUCUUGUAUAUUGCCCAGUGUUUCAAAAUCCCCAUCGCAGAGGUGGCGGUCAACUGGACUGAAAUAGAAGGAUCCAAGCUGGUCCCGUUUUGGAGCUGGCUGCAGAUGGGACGAGACCUUUUUUUCAUUCGCAUGCGCUAUUUCACGAGAGCCUGGAAACUGCAGUCAGCGCGUAAGACCGACUAGCUAACACAGAGAGCGCCUUUCAACGAGGAUAUCGAAGACCCGGGGCGAGGUGGGAUGAGACGCCGUGUCCAACAUUUACUGCCAUCAAGAACAAUGUACAUCACAUCUUUCUCCUCUGCAAACGUCAUCGCGUGUGAUGUGUUGACACGGUUGUGAGUCCUUCGUGGGCCCUGCCUUGUUUCUUCUUUUUUACAGUGUGUAUUGCAGCUUGUGAUGGCCGCUGUUACACAGACAUCUCUCUUGCCGCGGCUUUCAGAGUGCCUGUAUUAUUGAUCCGGUUAUUAUUGUUACCCAAUGUUUGUUUUGUGGCCAAUCAGCUGUAAGUAACAGGGACGAUGAUGUGUAUGAUUGGGAUGGGUAGAAUGAAAGUUACUAUAUGAGGGAUGGGAUUGUAGUUUUGAGGAAACGCACUUGUGGAUUGAUGUAUGACUUGAACCAAAAUAAAAAUGGCAACGAUUUAUGAUUUAA